CCUCUCCUCAGACGGAGACGUAGAGCGGCUGCGGGCAGGCUGGGCGCUAUAAGCGCGCGGAGUUGCUGCGCGCGGACAGAGGCGUCUGUGCGCACGUGAGUGUGACAACAGCGGCGCGGAGCUGUGACUGUAACUGAACCGUGAGGCGGGAAAAGUCCUGCGCAGACGCGUCGGCAUGCUUCACCCGGACAACCGCACGCCCGAAGGCGGCGUCGCGCGCAGCUCUGACCCCCUCGCGUGACGCUGAAUGGACCCGAUGCGACUCGUCGACCCCCGGCACCUCCCGCAACUGAUGCCCCUGAAGGACCGGGAGCCCACCGCGGCGACGGGCACCCUGGGGCCCCGCAACUCCACGCCGGCCGCGGGAGGAGAGGCCCCGCAGCACCACGCCGUGCCCUGGGUGGCCACCCUGCUGGCCGGCGUCCUCAUCGCGACCAUCGUGGUGGAUGUUAUCGGGAACCUGCUGGUCAUCGUCUCCGUGUUCAGGAACAGGAAGCUCAGGAAAGCAGGAAACGCCUUUGUUGUGAGCCUGGCCUUCGCUGACUUGGUGGUUGCUAUCUAUCCCUACCCGCUGGUGCUCACUGCCAUUUUCAACGACGGUUGGAUCGCCGGCUACAUCCACUGUCAGAUCAGUGGUUUCCUCAUGGGCCUCAGCGUAAUUGGCUCCAUCUUUAACAUCACGGGCAUCGCCAUCAACCGCUACUGUUACAUCUGCCACAGCCUCAAGUAUGACAAGCUCUUCUCCAACAGCAACACCAUGUGCUACGUCGUGCUCGUCUGGGCGCUCACCAUCCUCGCCAUCGUCCCCAACUGGUUUGUGGAGUCGCUGCAGUACGACCCGCGGGUUUACUCCUGCACCUUCGCCCAGUCCGUCAGUUCACUGUACACCAUCGCCGUGGUGGUGGUGCACUUCAUCUUGCCCAUUGGCAUUGUCAGCUACUGCUACCUGCGUAUCUGGAUUCUGGUCAUCCAGGUGAGGCGGCGGGUCAAGCCAGACUCGAGACCUAAAAUCAAGCCACACGACCUCCGCAACUUCCUCACUAUGUUUGUGGUGUUCGUGCUCUUCGCUGUUUGCUGGGCGCCGCUGAACCUGAUUGGCCUGGCGGUGGCAGUGGACUCCACGCUGGGCCGUGCCAUCCCAGAGUGGCUGUUCACAGCCAGCUACUUCAUGGCGUAUUUUAACAGCUGCCUCAAUGCCGUCGUCUACGGUGUCCUGAACCAUAACUUCAGGAAGGAGUACAAGAGGAUCGUCCUCAUCAUCUUCAAGUUCCACUGCUGAGAUGGAAUACUUGGAAAUGCAGAGAUUUUUAUCUUUAAUGACAUGAAAGAUAGAAAGAACUUUACCCUGACAGGAAAAUAAAACAGGACUGAUGCAAUGGAAAGAAAGCAAAUAAAGGUACAGUGGAAGGAGAACAACAAGAGCACUGAGUGGGAGAGAAAAAUAGGAGCGCUUUAAUAGCUGCAGGAGGAGAGAUGAAGAGCAGACAAAGUGAAAUAAAUGUUGCCACACUGAGAGUUAUCAGUGAUGCCUUCAGGGAAACAAGGAGACUAAAAAUGCAGAGAGCAAGGGAGAGGCCAGAACUUGGGAAGCACUCCUAACUGGGGAAUGUGUUUCAUCCUGACUUUCUUGGGUAAUGAAGUCGUGACUUAAUGUUCAGAUGAGAGCAUAAUUCAUUGUGUUUAAUUAGCAACAUAAUUAAAUUAAAUGUGGGGUCACUGAGUUGAAUAGCAUCCUCUGUGAAUUAGAUUCAAGGCAGAGCUCUGACACUGUGAUUUUUUUUAAAAGACGUCGACGCUGUUCCUGUUCCUACGAAGUACGAAGAUAACGACGAAGAUGACAAAUCGGCUUUGAGGAGAAUGAAGAUGCAUUAUAUACUUUUAAAAUUGCAAAAUCAUUUAAGGUGGGACACAUUUUUGAACAUUAAGGCUGCACGAGACUGUGUGUGCACAACAACGAUUGGGAUAUUUUACUUGUAAUAUUACUAAUCUAUGUAAGAAGGUAGCAAACUCUCACUGAGGACAGAGGGGGACGAUGGAGGACUUGUCCAGUGACUUCAGCUUUGGACUAAGAGUCCCAGUAUGAAGCAUAAAAGUACU